AUGUUUUUUUUUUUUUUUUUCACAGGUAGGUACUUGAACUGUUCUUGUUGCUGAUCAUGAUUACAGGGAAAGGGACACAGUAAAAACACAGUGACUAUUUCAGAACGCACCGUUACUGAGCAACACACAUACACGCACUCCGGAGUACCAAAGAGCAUCCCUUUUCAGUCGUCAAUCAGAGCUAUCGUCCACCAUCAUGACUGAGUCUGCUGAGGCUGCCGCUGCCAACGUAACCAGCAGAAGACAUGCCACCAUAGAGAUCACCAACCUGACAAGCAACUACUGCCUCAUCAACCCAAAGGUCUAUCUGGAGAGUGGUGAAGCCUCAAAUCCACCUCAGCCCACAGUGCGCCCCCUCAAGACUGAAGUAUGCACUUUCAGCAAGACCAGCGCUCACGCCACUGGCAGCGUGGGGGUUCUGACCUACGACCUGUUCGAGCGAAGCAGAAAUGACUACAUUGAGACCCUGGCCCUAAUGUUUUCUGUCCCAUGGGACUAUAAUCUGUAUAAGAAUUGGUUUGCAAUAGGUAUCUACCCGAAAGGAAAGGAGUGUGACCAGGCCCUUUAUAAAGAAAUGUACUAUCAAAAAAAUCAACAGGGCUUUGUGAGGGAGGAGGCUAAUGGGUCAGGCAUUAACUUUGAGGGCAAAUACCUGGACAUCAGGGCCACCAUGUGUCCUUUGGGCAGGGCUAUCAUAAAACUGGAGGUGUGGGACAUGAUGUCGUCUCCUAUGAGUCAGCAGGUUUGCUAAACAUACUGUAUAAGUCAGCCAUUUUACUUAACCAAAAUCAUAUAGUAGCUUUUUUUUACACAUACUUGUAUGCUUAAUGUGUUAUUGAUAUCAUAAAUGUUUGCAUAUACAUUUACCAAUGUAAUAAAGCCUACACAAUUUCUUCUUUAGCUUUCUUUUAGGCUGUUUGAACUCUGUAAAAUGAUCUGAUCUGAGAGCGUUUAAACAGAUCUAAUACCUCUCUAAUAUCCCACACUUUAAACGGUUUGCUUUUUCUGUCAGUAGAAUGCCUCAGAUGUGUAUUUACAGUUUGCUUAUGCUUCCUGCAGGCUAAAUCCGCUCUCAUAUCAGGCAGCCAUUGUGUUGUUAUUCAGUCAAACCAUCUUCUGGGUGAUUUUUUUUUACUCCCUCAUCAGGGCAGAGAUCCCUCUGAACAAUACACACUGUCUGUACUCCUGCCACUGCUGAGGUAUUUUCGAAUAAAUAUUUAUUCUGCAA